GAUCUUAGUAUGAUGGACAAUAGCCUUGGAAAGCAAUCAAACUUGAAGGCACCUCAGUACUACAAAUCUUUGAUCAAGAAAUCAAAAAUUUUAUCCAAAGCUUACAAGAUGACUGAGUCGAAGGUAAAGAAGAGCUAUCGUCACAACAAGUCAAUGUCUGACCAUAAGAAUGGCAGAAAGUUUCACUACAGACUUAACCUUCAGACUAAGAUUAACCUCAAUUCUAACUUCAAUGCUACUUCGAAAGUGAAAAUGACCAACAAGGCAAUCCCGAUCUUUAACGAAUAUGAAAAUAUGUCUAAAAGUUUUGAAAUUACACAAAAGAAGCCUCCUCGUGCUGAACUUUCAUUUGAUGAGAACCCCCAAGCCAGCAAGAAUAAACAAGACUUUUAUAAUAUCUUGAUGCAAAUUAAACAGAAUAAGAAUAGAUCAGGAGCUAGCAAUCGGCUUGAAAACUGGUUCGAAAAUGCUAGGAAAGUCCUUGAUUCUCGAAGAAACUCCAAAAAGAGGAGAAGUCUGACAUCAAAUAGAUGUUAUACUGCUUCUCAAAGAACAAGACAGCUAUCAACUAAUUCAUUUGAGAACUCUUUUAAUUACCUUGAUAACAAUGUGUAUACUUCAAAAAGCCAUAAUAAAGCCAGAAGGCCUACUACACAGAUGAAAAAUCGGUUUAAUUCUAAUGGGUUUCAAAGCUACCACAUGAAGCCGCUUACCUCACAUAAUUUAGACAACUCUUUAACUUUCAUUAACUUUCAGACCAAAUGUUAUGAUAGCGCUAUUAAGAAGAUGACCAACACAAAGCUCUUCACUGAGCCUGAGUGGGAAGACUUCAAUCUGAAAGCUUCUCCUAAGAAGAAGCCGAAGGAAAUUAUGGAGAAGCUUAAACGGAAAUAUAAGCAUAUCAAGAAAUCAUACCCAGAUGUCAUGCCUAAAUAUGUGGACUCACAGAUAGCCCAAUUCCUGAAAGACCUUCAUAUCUGGUUUGGGGAUCUUUUCAAAGCAGGGACGUACCAUCCAAACGCUUCAUUAUCCAAAGUUAAUUUUAUGGUAUCUGAAAAGGGAGAUAUCUUCAUCUCAACUGAAAGCUCGAAUGAGGCCACUGGAGAAAUGAUCGUUCUGAAGCAGCACUAUAUCGCAAAAGGAAGGUUUAUUAAAGGAAUAAUCCAAGGAGGCCAAGCCAGCAUCUUUUAUAAUACUGGUGAUUACUAUGAAGGGAAGAUUCUCCAUGGAGGCACCCCUGAUGGCCAAGGCUCUUAUUACUAUGAAGAUGGGAAGAACUAUGAUGGACAAUUUGUAGAAGGCAAAAGAAUUGGAAAAGGGCGCCUAAACUACCCUAACAGAGGGCAAUAUAUAGGGCAAUUCAUUGAAGAUGAUGCCAAUGGAAAUGGUAUUUUUACCGACUUUGAAGGUAACAGAUAUAUGAGUCUUGAAGCCCAGAGUUACUCUGAACAGCAUGGAAAUUUCAAAUAAAGGAAGACUCUAUGGUAUGGGAGAAAUCCGGUAUGAAAACUCAAAUAUUUACAAAGGAAAUUUUAAAAACUCAAAGAAAGACGGCUAUGGAAUUAUGCUCUAUUCAGUUCCUACAGAAACUGAAUCUCGCACAGGAACCUACAAAGGGCAAUGGAAAAGAGAUAUGAGAGAGGGAGAAGGAGAAAUGUCUUACGAUAACAUGUCCAUUUUCAAAGGAAACUGGGCCAAAGAUGCCAAAAGCUACGGAACUCUUCUCAACAAUGAUAGCUCAAAAUAUAUAGGGAACUUCUAUAAUGAAGAAUACAAUGGCUAUGGCAAACUUAUACUCGCUAAUGGUACUGUAAUCGAAGGCGAGUUCAACAACGGAGAGCUUAAAGAGAAAGGCAAAAUAACUUUUCCUGAUAAUAAAAUCUUUGAAGGUGUCAUUGAAGACAAUGAUAUCGGUGACAGAGGUGUUCUCUACUUCCCUGAUGGCAAUCAGUACGAAGGCCAGUUCAAAUUCGGACGGCAGCACGGAUUUGGUAUCCUGACUUGCAAAAAUGGAGAUAAAUAUGAAGGCAAAUGGGACGAAGGAACCAAAACAGGUUUUGGAAGAGAAUUCAUAGCGCAAACCAAGGAAUAUUAUGAAGGAGAAUUUGAUAAAGACUUUAGAGAAGGUAACGGCAAGUUACUCACAGAAGGAGGAGAGCUCUAUGAAAUAACCUCUAUGAGAGGGGAGCUCAAAAAUAGAAGUAUGCUACCUAUAAGAGUUGGAUCCAGCUUGUAUAAGAAGCAGGUUAGUAAAUUCUUAGAAGAAAGACAUAUUGUGGAGCCAAAAGUAACAGUGAACCACCGUAAUGCAGUAUGAGUCACAAUAAUGCCAUAAAUAUACCUCUAAACUCAAGCAAUGGAA